AUGGACUAUUCACACCGUGACGCUGUGGAUGCAUGUUUCAAGACACUGAUGCGAAUCAACCCUACCUCUCUCAGCAAGGUUUUCGCGACCCUUGGGUCCAUAAGUCCACAUACCUUCCAUGUUGCCCAAACUACUCAGCUCAUUCACCACCUCGAACCAGUCCCGGGCAUCCGUUUCUCCAGUCGCCAGGACGCCAGACAGUCCAACAACCCGGUCGAUGUACACUUGAACUCCGAUGGCGAGCUCUAUGCUCAUAGAGCCGGGGUAAAUGUGCUUGCGAUCGAUCAUUAUGACGGACGAUUUUUGGUCUCUGGUGGCGCCGACCCCUCGAUCCAUCUAUGGGACUUGGAAAGCAGAGGCUCAGAACUUGGCCAUGUCCAUACAUCUGUCGCCUCAGUCACUAAAUUGUCGCAUGAAGACGCGCAUACGCACGCUAUUACCUCGGUAUCGAUAUACCCAUUUGACCCCGCGCCGUCGACCAUACUCACAACGUCGCGCGAUUGUACGCUCAAACUGUCAGCUCUCGAGCCAGCCGCCAUCACACCGGUACAUACCUUCAACCUCGACUGCACACCGUACUCCCACUCCCUAUCACCCCACCCCGCAUCACCGCUCCUCAUCGCGGUCGGAACAGCCGAGAAGCCAGUGCGACUACUGGACCUACGCUCAGGACUAUCCACCCACGGCCUACCCGGCCAUUCCUCCUCAGUCCUAUCGGUCUCUUGGGCCCCCCAUCGACCCCACAUCCUAGCCUCGGCGUCUGAAGAUAACAGAGUAAUUCUCUUCGACAUCCGCCGCGGAGGCCACAACUCCGCCAUCGCGACCCUGGAUAUGGACGACGCAGUCGGCCUCGUGCCGCCCCGCAGCGCACCACCAAACUACCAAAGCCGUCCGGCCUUCUCCCCACACGCGCGCGCACACAACGGCGCUGUAACGGGCGUGCGCUGGACCUCUACCGGCUCACACUUGGUAACAGCAGGGCAGGACGCGCGGAUCCGCGUCUGGGACGCAUCAACGGGCGCAAAUACACUGGUCCAUUUCGGCCCGCGGGUCCGCAACGCCGUGUCCUCCCAUCUGGCUGAAAGAGUGCCUUUACUCUUGCCAAAGGGUGUCAUGGGUCCCGGGCAGGAGACGCUCCUGUGGCCCAAUUUCAACGAUACCGAUGACCGCGGCGAGAUCUUCAUGUUUGAGCUCCGUGAGGGGACGUUCGUUAAGCGGCUUAAGGUGCCCGGUCUCAUGGUUGGGCAGCAGGGUGUUCUUGGACGCCCUACUGCUCUCAGUGCGGCACGGGUUAACUCGCUCGUGUGGCGGGGCAAUGGGGCGUCGGGCGAGGGUAUGGAGAUGUUCUCUGCUCAUGGGGAUGGGACAAUUCGCGCCUGGGUAUCGCGGGAACCGGAGGGAGAACCGGAUGAAAGCGAAGAAGCCGAGCAAGCGGAUCGGAAACGCAAACGGGAUGUCCUGGAAGAGAUAUACAAGGGUUUCAUGCAAUAA